UAAAAAAAACAUAUAGAGAAAACACAGAGGAACCAAAAAAUAAGUACAAGAACUGAGAGUAACAUGAUAUUGCAAAAGGAAGACAAGCAUGGAAGUUGUCACAAAGGACUAGCAUGGUGAGAUAGGGUGUUAGGAAUAAUUUUCACGGAAGAAGUGCGUUUUCAGCGCACAUGUAGCUCAUGAAACCUGUAUUCAUCCACUGAUGUAGUUUCAGGUUCAACAAAAGUCCGACUGUUUGCCAUUGUCACAGUGUUAUAAUUACUCUCUUGUUUUUUCUAAAUACUUUUUUCUACCAGCUCACUAACUGCUUUCUGUAAACUUCUUAAACUUGAAACACAUUUUACCUUAAAAAUUUUAUUAUGCUGCUUAGCAUUGUGCUGGAGUACUUCAAUACUUAAUUUGGAGCAGAUCAUUGUGUCCAUUAUAGAAGUAAGCUUUAGAAAGUUUCUUAAGCUAACAUAAGUUAGACAGUAAAAUAAAAUGUCUCUUUAGUUUUAAUAGAAGUUAUACACUUUGGGGGGAACAUGAAAUACAGUUAACAAUUAACUUGUUAUUAAUAGUAAAAUAAUGCUAAUAGUAUUUGUUAAAGACAUCAACUGAUGUGACUGUACUAGAUUCUGCGGUCCGGCGACAACAGUGACUGUGCCAUGUACAUGUCCUCCACGUGUGAGUGUCAAGACCCUGGGUCAGGCCGUGUGGUGGACAGGAGAGUGCUAUACUGCUGUCAUCACACUCUUCCCGGAGCAACUUCACCUGCUAAACAACCCGCCUGACAGACUCUUUGUCACCGGACCGCCCGGUACAGGUAAAACUGUGGUGCUGCUGCUGAUGGCCAUACAGUGGCUGCGGUGUGGUCACCACGUCUACGUUGUCAGUACGUGUGAUGGAAGUCGUGCAGCGUGCAUCAUGUUGUAUCACCUGUUGCUGCAGACAGUAAAGACACAACAGUCAGCAGGUGUAUCCCCUGGUCAGCCUCACCUCCUGCUGUAUGAUCUUUAUGAGUAUAAGGAUGCGGAGAAGGCCGUCAACGACUUGUCACAAGCAGCAACAGGAGGGUCGUUGUACGUCAUCGCUGAUGAAGUGAUCAGGUCAGACUUCCACACUGUCUGUUACAAGCUUCGGACACAAGUUCCUCAUCUCCAUCUUUGGGCGGCAAGUUGUUACCAUGGAUACGCACCCGACGGCUGGCAAGUGGAAUAUUUAACCAGACCCCUCCGCUCUCCUCCGGCCGUCGUCAGGGAAGUCGCGAAGCACUCGUAUAUUACUGUGGGAAAUAUUGUCAUGCCGUACAGUGAGCGAGGUGUGCCCGACCACACAGACGGCCCGCCAAUCACACGACUGUAUCACCGAGGUCACGGUCACUCAGGUGACAGUCCACGUGACUGUGUGACGUGCGGUCGUGACGUGGCCAGCUUCCUACACAGUCUCCGUGUUGGUAUUACAGAGAAUGUCACGACAACAGCCACGACCGUCACCUCCACCAACGGCGGCACAACACCGCCCUGCCUGCAGUGGAGAGACGUGCUGGUGUUGUGCUGGACUAAGAUUAGUGAUGACUCGGGUAUGAUGAAGGGACUGAAAGAAGCGGGUAUCCCAGUGCGGAUGAUGAAUGACGAUGACAUUGAGGACGUUGCCACGGCGCGCAGUGACGUGGUGUGGGUGACGAGUGGAGGUAGUGUUUGUGGUCUGGAGAGAAAAGUUGUCGUCUGUGUGCAGGAUCUACUUACAGCCCGGUUGUACUCCAUGUCUCGCUGUACGUCACAACUUGUGAUUGUCUCUCCUUAGGACAAACCGAAGAGUAUCUGACGUCAUCACACAUUAACGUCAUUGACAUGUGGUCUAUGACACAUUUAUCUACACAUUUUGUGUAUGACACAUUUAUAUAUACAUGUUGUGUAUUGCACUCACGACAGUUGGUGUCUGUCUUUACACAACAACUAGUGUUAACUUUAAUAUCAUACGUAUGCACACAGAUGAGGUGACACUUUUAUUGCAGCAUGUAAAUACGUUUUACAACAUAGCACACAACACAUAAACUAAACUUUUUGGAAAAAAAUCUUUUUUUUUUUAUCAAAAAUUCGAGAAAGUACAUGCACUGUAGCUGCAACAUCACCAGGAGCAGCAGUAACUGUCUGUCGGGCUGUGGCAGUAAAACGUUUAAGACAAAAAAGUUUUUUAAAUAUUAACUUUUCUUGUUCUUUUCUGCAGUGGACUGUUGAAUAUGUUCCAGUAAUUUCUUUUCUUGUAUUUGUUUAUGAAUUCACACACAGACUGUGUCAUACUAAGUCGUGUACAGACCUCCCUUCAAACCGUUAUUUUCCCAGAGCAGCUGUCAACAUGUCUCCAAGAUCUGAGAAUGACGAACCUCACGUGACCUGCACAGUUGGUUACCCAAAUAAUAAAACCCAUUCUCGUGUGAUUUUGUCAUUUUUUUCAUUCUAUU